CACAACUGACCACUCCCCCAUAUCGCCACCACUUUUCAUCGAUCGUCUCACCUGUGACACGUUUUCCUGAGUGAAUACUCAAGUAUUGGGCUAGACGCUUGGGAAGCUCAUUUUUACGAUCUCACUUCGUCGUCCAUGCACCUCUCUCGCGAUAAGCCAUUCACAGUAUUGUCCAUCACCACCAACGAACACACCCUCGAGCCAGACAGCUUCGAGUAAUACGGCAUGCAGGCCAGUCUCCUGGAGACAAAAUCAUAGAACAAUAUGGUGCACCAAAUGACAACGCAAGAACUGCAGCUAUGCGACUUCCUUAAGACCUUACCCCGCGUACACCACAAUCGAUACACAGAACAGGCGGCGAACGAGCUUAUAAAGUCGCUCUUCUGGUCUCUAGCUGGCGGACGUCAAGAUUUCAUGCGACUCUUCUUCCCAGAUAAUGCUCGGCCGCCUGCUAACGCAACAUGGAAGCUUAGACAAGCCCAGGCUGGGGUGGACAAGGAUGAUUUCACUGAGGCGGCGAGGGGCAAGGCUUGUGGGCAUAUCUUCAAAUCAGGUGAAGCUACAUACAGAUGCAAGACAUGCAGUGUUGAUGAUACCUGUGUCCUCUGCAGCCGGUGUUAUAAUUCCUCGGACCAUACUGGACACAGGAUAUACGUCAGUGUGUCGAUGGGAAAUAGCGGCUGCUGUGAUUGCGGAGAUCCCGAGGCCUGGCGACUCCCUGUAAAUUGUUCGAUACACACAGCUCGCGAUGAUGAAUCCAGAGGGAAGGAAAAGGGCAAAGCAAGAGCCCUACCGCCGGCUCUGGCCGAGAGCAUACGUAUGACGAUUGGGAGGGUGUUUGACUACAUCUGCGAUGUUAUCUCCUGCUCCCCGGAGCAGCUACGGUUACCGAAAUCAAGGGAGUCUAUACUACAGGACGAGAAGAUGUCACGGCUCGGAUCUCAGUACUAUAAUGGGGAUAUUGUGGAGGACCCUUGCGAAUUUGCCUUGCUGUUAUGGAAUGACGAGAAGCAUACGGUCAUAGAGGUCGGUGAACAGGUUGCAAGAGCAUGCAAAGUCACCAAGGCUGAGGGUAUGAGACGAGCCCACGAGACGGAUGAUAUCGGUCGGAGUAUUGUGAAAUAUAGUUUCGACGUGGAUGAACUGCUUCACGUAUCAAGGGUGAUCGAGCAAAUCAAAGUCACGGUCACGAUCCGCUCAGCGCGAGAUACUUUCAGAGAACAGAUGUGUGGGACAAUCAUCGAAUGGCUGGGUGAUAUUGCUCAAUGUAGUGUCGGUCCUGACCACGACAUCCUACGUCAGGUUAUCUGUGAAGAGAUGCUCAAGCCUUGGAGCACUGGCAGCGAGGCAAGUAAUCGAGAUGUGGGAAUGAAAGGCAUUGAUGACCACGAGACGGAUGAACAAAACGAUUUCAGACGUUUGCUAAUUCAUCGUCAACAAGAGGUCUUGCGGCAGGCGGCCCUUGUUGCGACUGUUGAUCUUGAUCAAGACCUUGAUGAUGACGACGACGAAGGGCCUGAUAUCGAAGUUGAGGUAGAAGUCAUGGAAGAUGAUGGGGGCAUGUCUACUGAUGGGGAGGAUGAUGAAGCUUUUGAUACUGACCUAGUGGGAACAAGAGGGGCGGGUAAUUUCCGGGGGGUAAUGCAGCCAGAGACUGACACUGAUGGCGAUAUCGACAUGACUCAAAAUGAACCUGAGGAUCCUCUCGAAGUAGAGGAGGCUGUUAUGGCUGGCUGGCCGCCGCCACCACCACCCCCUCCUCCACCACAGAGACCAAUACGAGAUCGAGAUAUUACCCCUUCGGAUUCCGACACUGCUGAAAUGCAACCGCUAAUUUCACAUAAUGUCUAUGCCAAAGCCAAUUUGGAUAUUCCCAAAACUCCAAGAAACGUUGUACGAGAAAAGGCACCACCAAAGCCUGCUCGAUAUUGGCUUGAAGCCCCAAAAGCUUUCACUGACAGAGACUCGGUUCCCAUCCAUGAGGACCUCUGGCAGCGCUUGCGGCUUGAUUGGAUGAUUCUUUUUGAUCUGCGGAUGUGGAAGAGGGUCCGAGUUGAUCUACGUGAUCUAUACAUAUCAACUGUUGUCACGAUUCCGCAGUUCAAGCGCAUCCUUGGCUUACGCUUUGCUGGUCUCUACACGACCCUGGCACAACUUUACCUUAUUGCCGAUCGGGAGCCAGAUCAUUCCAUUAUCAACAUUUCGUUACAAAUGUUGACUACACCUUCCAUCACAGCCGAGAUUGUUGAGAGAGGUAACUUUCUGACAAAUUUGAUGGCAAUACUAUACACUUUCCUCACUACUCGGCAAGUUGGGCACCCUUAUGAGGUCUUUCCAAAUGCUGUUCUAGCUUUCGAUUCUGGAUCAGUCACAAAUCGUCGAAUGUAUCAUUUCUUCAUGGACCUGAGAUACCUCUUCAGUUCGCCGCACGUCCAAGAGAAGUUGCGCACCGAAGAAAGAUACAUGAUGCAGUUCUUGGAUCUCGUCAAGCUACAUCAAGGCAUAUGCCCGAAUGUCAGAGCCGUUGGAGAGCAUGUUGAGUAUGAGACAGAUGCUUGGAUCAGCGCAUCGCUGAUAACCCGGGAAAUCAAUCGAUUGUGCAGGCACUUCUCGGAGGCUUUCAAAUUGGACGCUGGCGACGACCUUACUUACGUCUCCAGAGCUAUCAGACUUGCGGCAAAGGCAGUCAUACUCAACUCACUUGGAACCGAGAGAAAGCGCUUUACCCAGGCAGAGAUAAAGGAUGAGAUUAAGUUCAAGAAGGUCGGCGACUACGAGUUCGAUACCACUGAGAAGUCAAACAGCGUCUUGCAACAUUUGGUUGUCAAAUUCGUAGUAGAAUCUCAGCCGAUCAGUUUUCAUCAUGCCCUUCAUUAUACUCUUUCAUGGCUCAUUGAAUGCGGGAAGAGCAUGCCUCGCCAGCAGCUUAUUCAACUGUUGAGCUUUACGACAGCAGAUUUACUGCAGAAGCCGAAGGCAAUGGGACAACGAAUCAUGCCAAGCCAGGAUUACACACCGGAGGAUCAUUUGAUGGCUGUAUUCGACUACCCAUUGCGUGUAUGUGCCUGGUUGGCACAAAUGAAGGCAGGCAUGUGGGUGCGUAAUGGCAUGAGCCUCCGCCACCAGCAAGGCACAUACCGUGGUGUACAACAACGAGACGUGUCGCAUCAUCGUGACAUCUUUCUGCUUCAAACCGCCAUGGUUGUCUGCUCACCAGCUCGUGUGCUUGUUUCUAUGAUCGAUCGCUAUGGCUUAGAGCAUUGGAUGAAGGGGAUCUAUGAACAGAAGUCAGACGGGCUGGAAGAUGGCCAGGUCCUUGAGGUUGCUGAAGAACUGAUCCAUCUUCUAAUCAUUUUGAUUAGUGACCGGACUACACUAAUCUCGAAUGGAGAAGGAUUAAGCCCCCACGUCCUUGCAAUGCGUCGUGAUAUCACUCAUGUUCUCUGCUUCAAGCCGUUGUCAUUCUCGGAGAUUUGCAGCAAGCUGCCCGACAAGUUCCAAGACCAAGAGGAAUGCCAGGAUAUCCUUGAUGAGAUGACAACUUUCAAGCCUCCGGAGGGUCUAAAUGAUGUUGGGACUUUCGAGCUGAAGGAACAUUUCCUGGAAGAUAUCGAUCCCUACAUUGCUCAUUACAGCAAGAACCAGCGAGAGGAAUCCGAAAAUGCUUACAAGCAGUGGAUGGCAAAGAAGACAGGUCGGAACGCCUCUGAUAUAGUGUUUGAACCCAAGCUUCGCCCGAUUGAAUCCGGUGCAUUCUCAGACCUUUCCGCUUUCACAAGGACGGGGAUCUUUGCCCAGAUCAUUUACUAUGCACUCCUGUACCCCCUUAAGGCUGAGGAAUUGACACCAACCGUCCCUGCCACCAGAGUCGAAACUUUCCUGCAUGUGGUCUUGCAUCUGGUUCUCCUUGCAGUUGCUGAAGACAAGAUCGGUGAAGACGAAAUGUCUGAGGAAUCUCUGCAAUCGUUCGUCUAUAUCGCUCUUACCAGCACUGCUCGGAGCAAUUUCAUGCCCAAUGCACCCGGGUCAAGGACAAUCGCCGCAGUCCUAGAAAUGCUGUCUCAGAAGGAAGCGUUCAAAUCAUGCCAUCCGAAGAUCGCUCUUGUGCUGAAAAGGAUGAAGCAAAAGCGCCCACAAACCUUCGAAACUGCCUUUGCACGGUUAGGGGUUCCUGUUGACAGAAUAUCUACAGCAUCACCUGCAAGUAGCAAUACGCAGGAGGAGCGUGAAAGGAAGAAAAAAGCUGCACUGGAUCGACAAGCCAGAGUUAUGGCGAAAUUUCAACAGCAACAGAAGGAUUUCCUUGAAAACCAGGGUGACAUCGACUGGGGAGAAGAUGAAAUGGAAGAUGAGAACGUCGACCUUGAAGAUGAAGACCACAAAACUUACUAUCAGUUCCCAUCAGGGAAAUGCAUCCUCUGUCAGGAAGAAACUGGGAAGGAUUCUCGCUUAUAUGGAACUUUUGCAUUGAUGACGAAAAGCACCAUAUUGCGACAAACUGACUUCAAAGACCCAGAUUUUGUCCGAGAGGUUGUCAAGACUCCUUUGAGCUUGGAUCGGUCUGCCGACAGUAUUCGACCAUUUGGUGUUGCUGGGGAAAAUCGACAACCAGUCCAUAAAGUUACAUCUAGCGGCGUCGACAUCGUGGAUGAACGUCAAUACAUCGGCAAAGGCUUCCCGUCUAAAUCAACACGGCCUGGGCCUGUAUCCGUUGGGUGUGGGCAUAUCAUGCAUUACAAGUGCUUCGAGGUGUACUACGAAGCAUCGCAUCGACGACAUCACCACCAGUUCGCGCGGCGCCACCCUGAGCGCCUCGACAUGAACGAGUUCAUUUGUCCUCUUUGUAAGGCGUUGGGGAACGCCUUUUUGCCAAUUAUCUGGCCACCGAAGGAGGAGUUAUACCCCGGGCCUCUGGAGACGCGUUCAUCCUUUGAAGAGUGGUUGGAACCGUUCGCCAACAUAUUUGGAGAGGGUGAUAUUAGGAUAAGGCAUGAUAAAAUUGAUGCCAAACUACCUUCUGGGGCCACCAAUCGAAGCUUGACAGUAUUCAUGCAACAUAAUAACGAGUCGAUGACGGGUCCCCUCGCCGCAAGGAUGUCCGAACUGCUCAUUGAUGCUUGGAACACUGUUUCGCCGGCCGUACCAAAUCCAUUUCAAUCUGGAGGUCUUGGAAUUCCUGUACCUGCAGUGGCCAAUGCCCUCUGGCCCGAGAGUCUUGGUCAUGGUUCCAGUUCUGCGAGUAACAAUAACGGGGCAAAUUCCGGGUCUCCCAUGAAAGAACUUGUUGAUAUCUAUCGCCGGUUGAGGGAUACCAUGAUCAGGAACGAGCUUCCUACUAGCCACCCAACAGGCCCACUUGGAGUUGUCAGCGAGAUCUCCCCAAACGACUUCUGUGGUAGUGACACCUUGGCUCAAUCACUUGGCUUCUCUAUAUCAGCUGUAGAAAUACAACAGCGUGGAGUUGCAGCACCAGCCGGUAGCACCUUAUUAGAGACAAUUCCCCAGCAAGCUCUUACCCACCUACGAAUCUUGGCCGAGACUGCAGCUUCUUACGUUUCCAUUGGCGGCAUCAGAUCUGCCGGGGAUAACAGAGUCUCAAAGGAGUUUUGCCAGGAUUACGAGCGUCAAUACUAUCAACUCUUCAUGAAUGAACCUUACCGUGCAGACGUCUGGAAAGGUCUCAAUUAUGAGGUUGAGCCACUGCUGAUUCAGGAUAUCUUUGUCUUCCUCACCGAAUGCUCACUCUGUUUGGCACCGGUGGACGAGAUUGAGAUCAUGCAUCUUGUCCGCCUCUGCUACCUAGCUGAGAUAGUCAAAGUAGUCCUACAGAUAGGUCGCAACCUAGAUCUGGAGACAUGGGAGGAAAUAUUCGAUCAAAAAUACCCCGACGAGACUCCUAAAGAACUCCAGGUAUUUGCUGAGCUAUGUGCAGGGGUGUGGAAUGCAGAUGGCCAGAUAGCAAGCGAUCACAACCCAUCUCCCAACAAGUCCGGUCUGGGGGGGUUAGAGUCGUGUCGUCAAGUUGCGCAAAAAUAUGCUUUGGCUUUCCUUCGAAAGGUCGUCGUCCUCCUCCACGUCCGUUAUGGGAUCGCAUUUCAAAAUCACAUUUCUACAAUCCCUGAUGCCAACGAAUUGGAACGCCUAACCGAAGCAUUGCGCCUCCCGUCAUUUGAUGAGAUGUGUGCACAUAUCCCUGGCCCUGAUUCAGGAUCGACUAUCUCUAUGCUUGCGGAUUGGUGGAUUAAACAUACUCGAGAUUACGAUAGCGGAGACAAAAUCAAUAUCAGCCAUCCCGCCAUCUUCGAGCUCGUUGGGCUACCCAAGAACUACGACGCUUUGAUGGAAGAAACCAUGAAGAGACGCUGUCCUACUACCGGCAAAGACGUAUCAGAUCCCAUGCUCUGCUUGUUUUGUGGCGAAAUUUUCUGCGGACAGAGUGUUUGCUGUUUGAAGGAAGGCCCUGCACGCCGAGGCCGCCGCGCUCAUCAUAUCGGUGGCGCCCAACAACAUAUGUUGAAGUGUCAGAAGAAUAUCGGUCUAUACAUCAACAUCCGCAAAUGCUGCGUCUUCUACCUCUACUACGAAUCCGGGUCCUGGGUGGUGGCUCCAUACAUCGAUAAGUACGGUGAGGUCGACCCGGGAUUGCGGCAUAGUAGGCAGUUGUUCUUGAAUCAGAAGCGCUAUGAUGCGCUGAGGAAUCAGUGGCUAACACACGGGAUUCCAAGCGUCAUCUCUCGGAAGCUGGAGAUGGAUGUUAAUAAUGGGGGAUGGGAAACUAUUUGAGUGCUGCUUGGGUUGGGGCAGCUGUGAUAGGAUUGUGCAUACUGUGCAGGCGUUGAAGAGUGGUUUAGAGGAUGAAAUGGGCCUCAAAAUGAGCUUUUGUUAGGAAGGCGUGUUUGUGUAGCUUGCUUCUUGUCGGUGUUUCUGAUGCGGACUGCGUAGAUAGUUAGAUAACUCGAUGAACUUGGCAGAUUUACUAUAGAUCUGUCCCGAAAAAAAAUAGGGGUAGGGGGUAGUAAAAAUUAAAAAAGAAAGUAUCCUCCU